UCAUGCAAUAAAAUCCAGAAUUCAAACAAAUACAAGCCCUAAUCCAGCACUCUUAACAACUUGGUAGUUUUAAUAUCACUUUCGGAUAUAUUGCAAAAGCCUAUGUUGCAUAAAAAUUACAUGCACUCUACAAAAAAACUCAACAAUAGGUAUUAAUUCUAAUUAAAUUUUCUAAAGAAUUACUUAUAAAUGCUCUAAUAAUUAAUAAACGAGUUGGAGGGUCUAAAAGCUUAGAAUCCUUAAUUAUAAAAUAAAGAAGAGAACAAAAAGCAUUAUACAGAGUUUGUUUACAAGUUCUUCUAUGAUGCAGACACUAGAGAAAGGGAUGGAGAGGUUUCCUAAGAACUCUUGCAUAUGUUUGGGUCAGUUCAAAAGUCCAUAGAAGUACUUCAAUACUUUGAACCACUGACUUAAGAUUAAUAAGAAAAGCGUAAAUUUAACUUUAAUGUUUAUAGAAAAGUAUGCAAAAUUUAAGAUGGUGGAAUAACAUAAAAAAAUUAAGGAUCCUACAUUGAUUAAACCAAAACCCAAAGAUCCCAUUGAAGAGGAACUUGAAUAAAUUGCCUAAUAAUAAAUUUAAAAGUCACAACAUCAAUAGUAGAAUUAAAUUCAAUAAUAAUAAUAAUAAUAUUAAGAUAAAUAAGCAAUUAAUUAACAACCAUUAUAGACUGUAAAACCUGUAGCUCCUUAAAUAUAAACUCCCUAAAAUUUGCCAUAAUAGUAAUAAUAAUAGCAAUAGUAAUAACAAUAAUAAUAAUAAUAAUAAUAAUAAUAAUAAUAAUAAUAAUAACUCUUGUUAUAAUAAUAAUAAUAGUUAAAAUAAUAAUAAUAACCAUAAUAGCCAUAUUAGCCAUAACAACCAUAAUAACCCUAAAUACCAUAAUUAUCAUAAAUACCUUAAUAACCUUAAUCAAUAAAUUAAUAAUAAAUAUAAUCAUAAUAGCAACCUUAAAGUAAUGUUUAUAUAAUUAUUUUAGCAUAAUAAGGAGUGACAUAAAUAAAUAAAUUAACACCAAUUGAAUAAUCAUAAACGAGAAACUAAGUUAAAAGUGUUUUAUAAUAAGCUAUUUCAGAAGUAGAUUUUAAAAAAUAUUAAAAUGCCAAAGACUAAAUUCAAAAAUCAUUAAGCAUGAUAUAAUAAUUAUUAGAUAGUUAGUGA